AUGACCGGACGGGUGCUCUCCCUCCUGCCCUACCUCAUCACCAUCUUCGCCCUCUCCCUCCCCUCGCCCUCCUUCCCCCUGCGCCUCUCGCUAUUCCUCCUCAUCCUCGCCCUCACCACCCACAUCCUCACGUCCACCGCCCUCCCCCUCGCGUCCCUCAACUUCUCCCAGGGUGCCGCCCUCGCCGCCCACGUCUUCGCCGCCUCCGAUUUCCUGCUGCUCUCGCAUGUACACACCGACUUGAAGAGAAACGGCCAGACGGGCGCGUGGGAGACGAUGGGGCAAUGGGAGCGCGUGAGGUGGGCGGUGAGCUUGGUCACUAGUCCCAGGUUGAUUGGCUGGUCGUCUACAUCUACGUCUACUCCUCGUCCUCCCCCAUUACAUGCCUCUCCCUCCCCUUCAACGUCAACCACCUCCUUCAUCCUCCGCCAAUUGCUCCACCUACUCCUCGAGCUCCUCACCCUCCUCGCUUUCAUCACCCUCUCGCCCUCCCUCCCCCACCUCUCCGCCUCCGGCCCCACCCUCGCCUCCGCCCCCUACCCCCUCCGCCUGCUCUACGCACCCCUCCUCGGCCUCGCCAUGUACGCCUCCAUCGACGCCCCCCACAGGAUCUGGCUCCUCCUCCUCCUCUGCAUCGGCAAUCCUCUUAUAUACGUGCACAACCACGCCUCGGUCAGCCCCUUGCUGUUGUGGACGCCCGCAGACUUCCAGCCCCUCUUCGGCAAGUGGAGCGACGCGUAUACGGUGCGCAGGUUCUGGGGGCGGACGUGGCAGCAGACGCAUCGCAGGAAAUUCAAAUCCCACAGCCGCUUCCUCAAAUCUCUCGUCUGCCCCGUCUGCCCCGUCUGCCCCCCUCCUUCAACGAAUAAUACAGACAAGAAUGAACCCCUCUCCCGCUUACUCGACCUGUACACCGCGUUCCUCGUGUCGGGGCUCAUGCACGCCGCGGGGGAGUACAUGAUGCUCGCCUCCCCUACUUCGCUGUCUUCCCUAUCUUCCUCUUCCCUUUCACUAUCUUCCCUGUCUUCAGGUCAAAUAAUGGGAAUGGGAGGAGGAGGAGGAGGAGGAGGGGGAGGAGGAAUAUGGAGAGUAUGGGGGGUGAGAGUUGGGGGAAGUAUAAAAUUUUUCAUGAUCCAGGCGCUCGCCGUGCACGUCGAGAGCAUCGUCCUCGGAGUCGCGCGCGCGGUACUCGCAAGACCGACGACUACACUUGCUUCUGCUCCUGCGCCCUCCGAAAAUGCUCCUGCUCCUCCCCCUCCCCCACCUCCUCCUCCUCCCCCUCGCCAUAUAGAUCCUCUAACUCCCCCCCUCCCCUCACCACCACCACCACCACUAAUAAAACUCCUCAAAUGCCUCGGCUAUGCGCUCGGCUACAUCUGGGUCUGGCACUGGUUCGCGUACACGGCGCCCGUGCUGUUUGAUCCCCUGCUUGGGGCGGGGUUCGUGGAUGAUCUGCGUGGGGGUUUGGGUGGAUGA